GAUUCCAUUGGGAGUGAGGAAACCCGAGAUUUCGCCAGAUUUGAUGAACUUUUCAAUGGGGACUUACCAUGCACGUUACUGUACUUAGAUCGCAACGCACAUAGACUUAAAGCUUUCAAGACAUUAGUUGAUCUCACGCAGUUCAUCGAAACACCAGACGUGAAACCAAGACCCAAUGACAGGGUCAUUCAGAAGCUUCAGUCUGCGCCUGUGGGACAACUAGUUCAUUACUCGACUCUUGAAAAAUAUAUGCAGUACCUUUACAGGGGAGAUAAGUUUAUGGACGUUAUUAUCGACGUUGAUGGUACCCCUUUCAUGGCGCACAGGAUCGUUCUUUGCUGUCACAGUAGCUACUUCAGAAAUUUGCUCAUGCACGAUAGCAGGCCAGUCAAGAUUCCAAUUCAAGUGAAAGUAUUUGGAGUCAGUGUGGAAGCAUUUGCGGCGUUCAUAGAAUACCUUUACUCCGGGAAAGUAUAUAUUCACCCUGGGAUGAUCAAUGAUUUCAUCUACAUUGCAGAAUACCUAGAUGUCAAGUCUUUAUGUGAUAAGCUCUAUUCAAUAACAGGGAAAAUGUCAUUGGCAGAAUCUAUAAAGUUUUUGUUAAGAUCACGUUACCCUUCCGGAAAGCAUUACUCCGUUGCAUUAACUAAAGUAAUAAGCCAGUUCAGUGAAGCUUGCAUGAUCGCCGGAUUCCGAGAUCUGAAUGUGGACAUUUUCUGCAGCAUUUUAAAGUCGG